UAGAUUCCAUGCACUUGUAGAGUUCUAGUUUCAUGCUGGAAAUUGCGUUGCGGCCGAUUACUCCAUGCUCUUUUUCUUCUUUCUGCAGAGCUAUGUGUGCACAGCAACAAAGGGUCAGCUUUUGUGAAGCACUGGGUACGAAGUCCAGAGGCGUCAGGUUCAGCACUAGAAGCUCAACACCAGUGGACAUGGACACUACUGGCGCAGCAGAUGAGCAGGCACGGAAGGCAGCAAGUAUGGCGAGACUGCUGGCUAAACCACUAAAUCCUUCAGAACAACGGGGCUGCAUUGCUCAACCUAUGAGAGGCGUAGUUCCUCUCCAUGUUUCAGGUUCCAGGAGAGAUGGAUUAAUGUACAUCCCGAAGAGCUACUCGAUGGAAAAGCCAGCGCCGGUGGUUGUGAUCCUUCACGGAGCAGGAGGCCAUGCAGAGGGUGCUCUCCAACUCAUUAGCGAUUUUGCGGACGUUCAUGGCCUCAUCUUGAUUGCGCCGGAGUCACGCGGACGCACAUGGGACAUGAUUCUUGACCGAUACGGUCCAGACGUCGAAUUCAUUAACCAGGAGAUGUCUGACAAAGGUGUUCCACGAGUACACUGUGGAUCCCAAGCACUUGUGCAUAGCCGGAUUCUCCGAUGGUGCCUCAUACUCCAUCUCUCUGGGUGUGUGCAACGGCUUUUUUUUCACGCACAUUAUCGGCUUCUCUCCAGGCUUCAUACGAGUGCAGCGAUACGAAGAUGCGCCACUCAUCUAUGUUUCCCAUGGGAAACGGGAUUCGGUGCUGCAUAUUGGAAAUUGCAGCCGAAGAUUGGUGCCGAAACUUCUGGAGCACAAGUAUAGAGUGACAUACAAGGAGUUCGACGGGGGUCAUACUGUGCCUGCAUCCAUAGCUGAAGAAGCUUUGACGUGGGUCAUGCAAACCACGGACAAGUAAACUUUCACGAGUGACAGACUAGAUCUGAUAGAUUCCGCUCUGUAAGAAAGACCAUAGAGACAAGCUAAAACUUUCCUGUAGAUAAAUACAAUGGUACCAUUCACCAUGGAUCGAAGAGAAAAACGUCGUGGAAUCCUAAAUCUCCACGACUAGUGCUUGUUUCAGAUGAUCCUUCGUGAACGAAGAAUACAAUAGGCACGAAAGCAGUACUCUAAGCUUACAAGAGUUGCAGCAAAAAGGCCACGGCCAGGAACAAUUAGACCUGACUGAUGAGCAACGCUAAGCAUCUCUUAAGCAUCAAUGCUGACUGAUUUUUGUAAUCAAAUACAGAUAUAAACUUAUCGCAGCAAGAGUGCGAAGAAAAAGCA